AUGUGGGCAGUUCAAAGGUCACCUGAUCUCACCCAGCCAUUCGGCACACACUCAGCCAUUUCGGCAACCUCCUGUGUGAUCAUCCUUCGGGAGUCUACAUGCGGCAUGCUACAUGGGGAAGUGGGAUCGUCUGGCCUGGAAGGUGCCCAAUCUUCUGUGCCUAGCGUGCGAACAGCCGCCCCUCCUGGUUAA